AGAGUUGCGGGGAGGCAGUCGCUCGCCGACAACCAGAGAGAAAAAAUAUCGGAGAGCGACAUUAGUAUCGAAUAAAAAUAAAAGUAACGAAUAACGGAAAAAAAUAAAAAAGAAAGUGGAUGCAGUGAAAGAUGCGUGUGUUUUAACAGUGGCUCCAAAUUAAAAACAAGUGUUUAAAAAAAGGGUAACGGAACCUCUUAAGGAUCGGCGAGUGAAGAUUCAGUGAUUAGAUAAAAAAUAAAUUAACAAAAAGACAAAAGUGAAGAUAUUGUAUUUGACACUAAGUUUUUUUUUUUUUUUUUUUUUUUCAUUAUUUAUUUGUGAAUGAAAAAAACAAAAACAAGAAAUUAAUAGUAAUAGUAAAUUGAACAAGAACCCUGGACUCUGAGAAAGAACAAAGUGUAUUGUGCUGGAGACUUUUAUUAAGUGUACGCAGGGGGUAUUCCCGGGGGUGGUUAAAAAUAAGGUCGCAGAAUGACGGGUGUCGAAGAAGGAAAAGGCGGGGGUGGAGACAACGAUGUUAGCGCCACCGAUAAAGUCGUUCAGCAAAAUGGAGCUCCAGAAAAAGCCCCUGUAGUUACGGGAACUAACAUGGAGACUCUCCCGCGUCCUGGAAAACAGAGUGAUCCAAGUACCGCAUUCUUACGUGCUGCACGAGCUGGACAAUUGGAGAAAGUUUUAGAAUUUUUAGAAUCGGGAGUUGACAUAAAUGCCUCAAAUGCUAAUGGAUUAAAUGCUUUGCAUUUAGCGGCCAAGGACGGCCAUUCGGAGAUUGUACGUGAAUUAUUGGCGCGCGGUGCAAUUGUAGAUGCAGCUACAAAAAAGGGAAAUACAGCUUUACACAUUGCUUCACUUGCCGGUCAAGAGGAAGUAGUGCAAUUACUUGUUCAACGAGAAGCUUCUGUAAACGCACAAUCACAAAAUGGUUUUACUCCAUUGUAUAUGGCAGCCCAAGAGAAUCACGACUCUGUUGUUAAAUUUUUACUCAGUAAAGGAGCUAAUCAGACCCUUGCGACGGAGGAUGGUUUUACACCAUUGGCUGUUGCGAUGCAGCAGGGGCAUGACAAGGUCGUUGCAGUACUCUUGGAGAACGACACGCGAGGUAAAGUGCGACUGCCCGCCCUUCACAUUGCAGCUAAAAAGGAUGACUGCAAAGCUGCUGCUCUGCUUCUUCAAAACGAUCAUAAUCCCGACGUUACAUCGAAAAGUGGUUUUACACCGCUUCACAUUGCUGCCCAUUAUGGCAACGAUCGAAUCGCCUCUUUGCUUUAUGAUAAAGGAGCUGACGUCAAUUUUGCUGCCAAACACAAUAUAACGCCUAUGCAUGUUGCCGCAAAAUGGGGCAAAAUAAAAAUGGUAAAUUUAUUAAUGAGCAAAGGAGCGAAUAUUGCAGCGAAAACACGCGACGGUUUAACGCCACUUCAUUGUGCUGCCCGUGCUGGUCAUCACGAAGUCGUAGACAUUUUAAUUGAAAAAGGAGCACCAAUUGGUUCUAAAACAAAAAAUGGCCUGGCACCACUUCACAUGGCGUCUCAGGGUGAUCAUGUGGAUGCUGCACGUAUAUUACUUUAUCAUCGGGCUCCAGUCGAUGAGGUUACAGUUGAUUAUCUCACAGCACUUCACGUGGCGGCUCACUGUGGUCAUGUUCGUGUAGCAAAGCUUUUACUGGAUCGUAAUGCCGAUCCAAAUGCUCGUGCAUUAAACGGUUUUACGCCUUUACACAUUGCCUGUAAAAAAAAUCGAAUCAAGGUUGUGGAAUUAUUAUUGAAGCACAAGGCCAGUAUUGAAGCCACCACAGAGUCAGGCCUUACACCUCUGCAUGUCGCCAGUUUUAUGGGAUGUAUGAAUAUUGUGAUAUAUUUAUUACAAAAUGAAGCUAGUCCAGACAUACCGACCGUGAGAGGUGAAACGCCACUUCAUCUAGCUGCACGAGCGAAUCAAACUGAUAUUAUCAGGAUAUUAUUGAGAAAUGGCGCUCAGGUUGACGCCCGAGCGAGAGAAGAGCAGACACCACUUCAUGUUGCUUCUCGUCUAGGUAAUGUUGAUAUUGUUAUGCUUUUACUUCAACACGGAGCUGGAGUUGAUGCAACUACGAAAGAUUUAUAUACGCCUCUUCAUAUUGCCGCUAAAGAAGGCCAAGAAGAGGUUGCAUCUGUUUUAUUAGAAAACGGAGCUUCGCUUACUGCUACAACUAAGAAAGGCUUUACUCCACUUCAUCUCGCUGCCAAGUAUGGUAAUAUGAAUGUUGCGAGAUUGUUAUUGCAGAAAAAUGCACCAGUUGAUGCUCAGGGAAAGAAUGGUGUUACACCUCUUCAUGUGGCCUCUCAUUAUGAUCAUCAGAACGUUGCCCUUUUAUUACUUGAACAGGGCGCGUCACCUCACGCUAUGGCUAAGAAUGGACACACACCACUUCAUAUUGCGGCUCGAAAAAAUCAAAUGGAUAUUGCAACGACUUUAUUGGAGUACGGAGCUAAAGCAAAUGCAGAAUCAAAAGCUGGUUUCACACCGCUUCACCUCAGUGCUCAAGAGGGCCAUACAGACAUGUCAACGUUAUUAAUUGAACAUAAAGCAGAUACGAAUCAUAAAGCAAAGAAUGGACUCACACCGCUUCAUUUAUGCGCACAAGAAGACAAGACUAAUGUGGCAACAAUCCUCGUGAAAAAUGGUGCCGAAGUUGAUGCUAAAACCAAGGCUGGAUAUACACCCCUACACGUGGCAGCUCACUUUGGUCAAGCAGCAAUGGUACGUUUCCUACUGAGAGCUGGCGCAGCGGUCGACAGCAGUACUGGAGCUGGUUACACCCCAUUGCAUCAGGCUGCACAGCAGGGUCACACGCUUGUCAUUAAUUUAUUACUCGAAAGUAAAGCCAAACCUAAUGCAGUUACUAAUAAUGGACAAACGGCUUUAGCAAUCGCACAAAAACUUGGUUAUAUUAGUGUUGUUGAAACGCUCAAAGUUGUAACAGAAACAAUUAUUACAACGACACAUACGACCACAAUUGAAGAAAAAUACAGAGUUCAAGCACCAGAGUCUAUGCAGGAAACGUUUAUGAGUGAUAGUGAAGACGAAGGUGGUGGUGAUGAGAUCGGCACUGCGGCCAUGAAUGUGUAUGGACAGCCGCCUCACGCGCAACAUGUGUACCUCCCUUCCUACUACCAGGGCCAAAUGACCUAUACUCGCGAAGAUCCGAUGCUUAGCGACCAACAGCAAUAUCGUUACAUGACUGUUGAUGACAUGAAGUCAAUGGGAGACGAUUCAAUGAGAGUAAACGUCACUGAUGAUGAGAGGGACAAUCGACAUUCCGGAGGGACCACGGUAACAGAUAUGAUCACUAAAGAAAGCUAUCAUCGCUCAAAUGCAGCGAAUCUUAAGCCUGAUAAUAUUGAUAUCAAUAGGCAUCCAGUUCACGUUGGACCGUCACUAGACUCCUUAAAUUGGUCACUGGCAGCCCUUGGUAUCGUACCAAAAGGACAAGGAAUGUGGAGGGACAGCUUUUUGGUUUCGUUCCUGGUGGAUGCUCGUGGUGGAGCAAUGCGAGGAUGUCGUCACAGUGGUGUACGGGUUAUUGUACCACCACGUAAAGCAGCAAUGCCAAUGAGAAUUACCUGCAGAUAUCUUAAAAGAGAUAAAUUAACGAAUCCACCUCCUUUGAUGGAAGGUGAAGCGCUUGCCAGUCGAAUACUUGAACUUGGACCAGUUGCCGCAAAAUUUUUGGGGCCUGUUAUCAUCGAAGUACCACACUUUGCCUCACUUCGAGGUAAGGAGAGAGAGAUCGUGAUUCUUCGAUCAGACAAUGGAGAAACUUGGCGUGAGCACACCCUCGAAGCUAGCGAGGAAGCUGUCCAGGAUGUGCUUAAUGAGAGCUUUGAAGGAGAAGAAUUAAGCCAGCUAGAAGAUCUUCAAACGUCGCGAAUAGUACGUAUUCUCACGGUUGAUUUUCCCCAUUAUUUCGCCGUGGUAUCACGAGUUAGACAGGAAGUUCACGCUGUCGGACCUGAGGGUGGAACUGUUUCAUCAUCAGCGGUACCUCAAGUACAAGCUGUUUUCCCGCCAGCAGCACUUACAAAAAAAAUCAGAGUUGGCCUUCAGGCUCAUCCAAUACCUGCGGAGCUGGUGGCUAAGCUCUUGGGUAAUCGUGUGGCAGUAUCGCCCAUCGUAACUGUCGAACCACGGCGAAGAAAAUUCCACAAGCCCAUUACAUUGACCAUACCCGUACCUCAAGCAGCCAACAAGGGCAUGAUUAAUCAGUACUCUGGAGACGCACCAACUUUGAGGCUUCUGUGCAGCAUAACUGGGGGUCAGUCACGGGCGGUCUGGGAGGAUGUGACCGGGUCUACACCCCUAACUUUCGUCAAGGAUUGUGUGUCUUUUACCACUACCGUGUCUGCAAGAUUUUGGCUAAUGGACUGCAGAAAUAUUACCGAGGCUACGCGAAUGGCCACCGAGCUUUAUACUCACGCAACACAUGUGCCCUUCAUGGCCAAAUUUGUUGUGUUUGCAAAACGAGUUGACCCGCUUGAGGCAAGAUUACGCGUUUUCUGUAUGACAGACGACAAAGAAGACAAAACUCUGGAGCAUCAGGAGCACUUUACAGAAGUAGCAAAAAGCCGAGAUGUUGAAGUACUCGAGGGCAAAACACAAUACAUGGAGUUUGCUGGUAACCUUGUACCCGUUAUGAAGAGCGGUGAACAACUUCAGUUACCCUUCCGGGCGUUCAAGGAGAAUCGUGUACCUUUCACGGCAAGAGUAAAAGAUCCAGAUGCAGCAGACAUGGUUGGUAGAAUAAUGUUUAUGAGUGAGCCAAAGGUGGCCAAGGGCGAACCACCACAAACACCAAUUUGUACGUUAAACAUCUUGUUACCGGAAAAAAUUUCACCAGAAACUGGACACUCUGAACUGGAUUUACUUGAGUUAUCGAAGAAUUAUAGCUUCUUACGUGACGGCGGAAUAAGUCGCCCAGAUACAAUUCAUAGAGCGACUAUCCGUCUAACAGACAUUGCGAAUCUCCUUGAUCGUGACUGGGAAAAGUUGGCUGAGGAACUUAAUGUAUCGCCUGUUGAUGUUGAUUUAAUUAAAGAUAAACACCCGGGUAAACCGGCACUCCAAGCUGCUGCGAUGUUCAAAUUAUGGCAAGGCAACGGCAAUAAAGUGACUGGAAAUACGCUUGAGAAAGCAUUGAACAAGAUCGGUCGGGAGGACAUCGUGAAGAAGUGUAUAUUUAAUGUUGAACUUGUGACUGACGAUGUUGAAAAAGCAGUUGCAAGAGUGAGACUCGAUCAACCAGGUUUUGAUUCACUUAAAGAAGAGUUGGGACCUUCUAGAGAUUCAUCGUUGCGGCGUGAUGGGACAUUGGGAGAUCAGAAACAUGGUUUUGAUUUCGAUGAAUCCGAUCAAAUGAAAGACUCUGAAUCAGUUGAGGAUUUAAGCAACAUUGGAAGUGUGCCGCAAAAACACACAAAACAGCAGCACAUAACAAUUACCAAUGGCACUGUGUUCAAUGGUACCUCGACCCCAGUAAAAGAUAAAUACGCAAGUGAAGAAAAAGAUCUUGGCGAAGAUAUGGCUGAAUUUCUCCAGCAUAAGUAUCACGUCACGGAUACAAUGACUAAAAAAACACGCGACGAAGUUGACGAUGACAAUAAAAAUCGACAGAGGGUUAUUGAAGAUGCUAAUAGAUUAGUAACUGGUGUUAUACAAGACGCUGAGAAAGAGAAGGAGAAAUUAAUGAUGGAGGGGUUGUCGGGGGUUUAUCGAGAAGGGGGUAAAGAGGCGGGAGGUGCAGUAGGCAUUCAUGAUGAUGAUAAAUUAGUACGCGGUAUUGAAGGUAUAGUAGUUAAAGAGGUCGUAACUCGUGGGGAAGAAUCUGUCGAGCCAUUAAUUACAAAAGAAAUAAAACAUAAAGAAAUUGAUGAUCCUCGUACAAAGGGUAAAGUUAUUUCAAAAACUAUCGUGACAACAACAAAAGGUGAUCCAGGUUUUGGAUUAUUUACUAAAACAACAACAGUGCGUGAAGUAUCUCCCGGACAAUCAUCUUUCUUUGGUGCUGAUGAUCCUAUUAUAGGAUUAAAUUUUACGCAAUCACCAUCUGAGGAAUCAAGAAAAGUUGUUGUGACGAAGACAACUGUUACAAGUGGUCCGGUAAUCGAGGAAAAAAUUGUUACAACUAAAGUGACAACUACCGCGCCGGAAGUGCAGACGGUUGCGUUUGACACAAACGUUCCAACCGAUCGUGCGACGGAACAAGCCAAAAGCAUCACCAGAGUCGUCGUUGACUCUGUCACGAUGCCGGCUGAUGACAUAAGUACAAGUGCAAAGGAAAAAUUAUCUAAAGAAGAUAAAGAAAUUGCUGAUAAAUCUACAAAACAAAAGUAUAAAGUUACAGUGGAUAGUGAAAAAGAUGAGACUGAUAAAGAAACCAAGAAGAUUAAUGAAGAUUCAAGAAAAUCUGUUUAUGAAGAUGUUUAUAAUCAACCAGAUAACACUAAAGACGAUAGUAAGAAAAAAGAAAAAAGUGGAAUAUUUUCUGGCAUUUUUAAGGGACCAAAAUUGAAGAAAGGAAAGUCUAAGGAUUCUAAAGAUCAGUCUUUUGAUAGCGGUGAUGAAGAAAUAAUAACAGUAACUAAAGAAUUUUUGAAUGAUACUCGAAAAGUUGCUGAAUCAAUUAAAGAAUCACCGUCUUAUCCUGCUUUUGAUCCUGCAACCUAUAUUGCUAUUUGUCCUCCAAAAUUACCAGAGAACGAGCCAAAUCGUGAUCCAAUUUGGGCUACUGCAGAUUUUCUAUAUGAUUCAAGAAGAAGUGCUGAGGCUUUUGUACUUGAACAACAUGUAUCCGACAAACGUCAAUCAAAAAAAUUGGAUACUGAAAAAUCUUCAGAGAGAAAACGAGACUCUAGAGAAAUUUCAGAAGAACCUGAAGAUGGUAAAGAAAAACAUGGGUUUUUUACAAAUCUCUUCAAAAUUUCAAAAAAAAUCGAGAGUGAUGUAGAUUCUGCUGUUUAUGAUGGUAAGAAAACUCUCGAAACUACUGAAGAAAAAGCAAAGAAAGAAGUUAAAAAUCUGAAAGAAAAAGUCGAUGAAGAUAUUAAAACAUCCGCUAAUGGUAUGAAAGAUAGACCAAAAGAUGAAGUAGAUUCAGCGUUACGACGAAAUAAAAAAGUUGUUGAUGACAUUGAAACUAUGAAACUAAGUAUUGAAGACAGUGGUAAAGCUAUUGACGCUGAUUUGAAACGUUUGAGUGGAGGUAUUAAAUCACUAGACGAUAAAAUGAAGCAUUAUAUUGAUGACACUGAACAAUCUACUACGUCUAGCGAAAAAGCAAUCACAAAAGAAACAAAACAAGUUGCUAGUGAGGUGAAAACAGAUGUUGAAGAUGUCGUUGAUGAAGCAAAAGAGAAAUCAGGGGGUUUCUUUGGUAUUUUCCGUAGUCCGAAAUCAAAGGAGAAGAGACGAAGUAGAUCAAAAGAUAGAGAUAUAAAAGAAACAUCUUUUGAUCGCGGAGAUGAAGAAUUAAGAAUUGCUACUAAGACUUUUUUGGAUGACACGCGUAAAACUGCAGAUAAACUAUUUCAUCCUCUUAGUUCAAAAGUCAUGCCCGAAGAUCAAAUUGAAAAAGUUGAAAAAUUCGUUUCUAUAACAGACGAUUCAGAUGUACCCUUGGAUAAGUUAAAACGCACUUCUUAUGAUAUUAAAAAAUCUCCUCUGAAGACUUCAACUAUCACAACUACAACGGUAACUACAACAAAAAUUGUAGACGAUACUAAAGGUAGUAAUGGGAAUACUCCAAAAUUUUCAGAAAUGAAACAAACUGUUUCUACUAGUGAUGCAGCAACAGGUAAAUUAGAAAAAGCUGAAAAGAGAAUAUCAAGAGAUUUUGAAGACUUCACUGACGAAGUAAAACCGAAGGGAAGUGGUUUCUUUGGAAUAUUUAAAAGUCCAAAGUUAAAGAAUAAAACUCGUUCAAGAGAUCGGAGUAGCUCCAAAGAACCCUCAUUUGACAGUGGAGAUGAAGAACUUAGACAAACAACAUCAAAAUUUUUAGAAGAUACACGAAAAACUGCUGAACGUACUGGAGAAUUUGACACGCCAAGGAAAUCUCUCAAAGAUACCAUUAAAACUGAAAAAGAUGUUGUCGCUGUUGAAGUACUAGACGUUCCUAUUCUUUCACCUGCUUCUGAUGCUUCAGAUUCAAAAAAAGAUUCAGAUAAAGGCGGAAUAUUUGGAAUAUUUAGAAGCCCUAAGAAUACUUUAAAACGACGAAGUAAAUCGAGAGAAAAAAGUUCAUCAACUGAUGUGUCUUUUGACAGUGGAGAUGAAGAAAUAAGAAUUGCAACAUCGAAAUUUUUGGAUGAUACCAGAAAUAUAUCAGCUAUUAUGGAAGAGUAUCCUUAUCCGUCUGCUCCAAUGAGUGAAAAUGACAAAGAAGAGAAAGAAAUCAUUGAAGAUAAGGACAAAAAUAUUACAGAAAAAGAUGUUGAUGAAUUUAAAAAUAAGAAGGACGGUGAGAAAGAUAGCUUUUUAACAGGAAUAUUUAAAGGUGCUAAACAUGCCGUUGAUGAAGUCACCGAAGAAGUUAAAGAAUUUUGGGAUGAAACAAAAGAGGAAGAAGAAAAAGCUAAGCGUGCUAUAGAGAAAACUGCUAAAGAUGCGAAAGAAUCAAAAGACAAAGUAUCUACGGAUAUUGAAAAAUUGAAGAACAAGGAACUAGAAAAAGCAAAAGAGAGUAAAGAUGAAGUAGCUAAAGACGUGAUAUCAGUGAAAGGUAAUAUUAAAGAAACUAAACAAAAGAUUAAAACUGUUGCGGUUAAUGUUGUAAAUUCAGCAGACGAUAAAAUAAAAGCAAAUAAAGCAGCAGUUGCUAAAGGUGCUAAAAAAGAUGCGAAAGCGGUCGUGGAUUCUGGGAGAACCUUAAAGAAACAAGUUGAAAAGGACUCUAAGAAAGCUAAAGAAAAAGGUACAGGCUUUGUAACCGGUAUAAUUAAGGGAGCUAAACAUGCAGCAGAUGAAGUUUCUGAAGAUGUUAAAGAAUUCUGGGAUGAGACGAAGGAAGAAGCAAAGUUGGAUGAGAAACAAGCUAAACUUGCUGCUGAAGAGGCCACAAAAGCAUCUAAAGAUGCUCAAGAUAAAAUGACGACUGAAGCCGCUAAAGUUAAAGAUAAAACAAUUGGUAAAGUAUCUGAGACAGCAAAAGUUGUUGUAGAUGAUACUACAGCGGCGACAAAUCAGGCAAAAAAGAAAAUGACAGCUGGAAAAAACACUGCGGUAGGAGCAGUGAAAGUAACUCAAGAGAAAGCUGUCAAAGAUGUUGAAAAAAUUGGAAAGGUAACUAAAGGUGCAGCCAAAAAAGUCAGUGAUGAUGUUAAGAAAACAAGAUAUAUCGUCGACAAAGCAAUCAAACAAGAUGUUAAGCUCAGAAAAAGUAAAGUUGUUGGAACAGCAGAGUUGGAAAAAUCCAAAGAUAUAGUUGAAAAAGAAGCGAAGGCAACUGAAUACACCAUUAUUAACACCGUAAAAACAACGAAUAUAAAUAUUCCUGAAGUAGCCACUAAAACGUCAGAAACUGCUAAAGAUAGUGCUAAUAACAUCGGUGACAGUAUAGACCAGGCAAAAGAUAGACUUGUACAAGAAAUGGAAAAAGAUACAAAACUUGUUACAGAUAAAAUAAGUGAAGCAACUAAACCUGUUGUGGGUAGUGUAAAAACAACCAAAGAAGAAGCUGAAAAUGAAGCAAAAAUAGCUAAAGAAAAAGGAAAAGGAUUUUUCUCAGGAAUUUUCAAAGGUAUAAAGCACGCUGCUGAUGAAGUAGCUGAGGAUCUUCAGGAAUUCGUUUAUGAAACGAAAAAAGACGCUGAAGAAGAAGAAGAACGAGCACGGCGAGCUGCCGAAGAAGUUGCCAUAACUGCUGAAGAUACAAAAGAUAAAAUAGUAUCUGAUGUUAAGAAAGAAAAACAGAAAGUUGAAGAGAAAGUUGCGGAAAAUUUAGCAAAAGUUGUAAGUGUCGUAGACGAUGCAAAGGAUAAAGCUCAUAAACAGUUAAUAGCUAGAGAAGAUGCAGUUUCUGAUACAGUUAAAUUAACUGAGGAACAAAUUAGUGGUACUACAAAGACAGUUGAUGCGAAAAUUUCAGAAGCAGGGGCUAAAACAUCUAAAGCUAUUAAAGACACUGAAGUAGCAGUAAAGAAAGAAAUUGAAGACGAUGCAAAACUCAUUAAAGAAAAACUUUUCAGUGCCGCAGACUCUGCUGUCCUCAGUGAGAAAAUUUCUAGCGAUGAAGUAGAGAAAGAAGUUAAGAAAGGUAAAGGCAAAGGGUUCUUUUCUGGUAUAUUUAAAGGAGUUAAGAAUGGAACUGAUGAAGUAGCAAAAGAUAUGAAUGAAUUGACACACGAAACUAAAAUAGAAGCUGAGGAAAAAGGAGAACGAGGACAGCGAGCUGUCGAAAAAGCUACUACAACUGUCAAAGAUACUAAAAACAAAUUGGUAAGUGACAUAAGAGAUGAAGCACGUAACAUAACUGAACAAGUGGCCGAUACUACAGACAAAUUCAAAGACAGAACACAUAACAAAUUAACAGCAGGAAAAGACGCUGUUGAAAUGACCAAAAACAAUAUCACUAAUAUGGCAGUCCAAAUAUCCGAUGAUAUCGAAGAUACUGCUAAAAAAACUACUGAUAGUAUUGGAAAAGUUGAAGAUGACGUCGUCAAUAACAUUAAAGACGAUGCCAAAAUUGUUUGUGACGAAGUUAGUCAUGCAGCUGAAGAAGUUGCUGAUAACAUUGCAGCGGCCGAAGAUAGAGCAGAAGAAGAAAUCAUAAAAGGAAAAGAUGAAGGUACAGAUUUCUCCUCAGGUAUUUUCAAAGGUGCAAAACAUACAUCGAACGAUAUUGCAGAUAAUGUUCAGGAAUUCUUAGCUCAUACUAAAGAAGUAGCUGCAAAGGAAAAAGAGCGAGAAAUUAGAACAGCUAAAAGUGCUAGAAAAUUCGUAAAGGAUGCGAAAGAUCGAACAACUUCUAAGGUCCAGACUGAAAAAGACAAAGUAGUAAAAAAAUUAACUCAAGAAAUUAAAAAAGCAGCUGAUAGCGUAAAAGAAGUGAAAGAUAAAGCACAUGACAAACUUGUAGCAGGAGACGAAGUUGCAUCUGAUGCUGCAAAGACUACGGGAGAUAAAGUUUCUGAAACUGCAAUAAAAGCAUCUAAGGCAAUUUCCGAAACUAAAAACGCUGUUGCAAAAGAAUUUAAAGAAGACGCGAAAAUUAUUAACGAUCAAGUUAGUGGUGCAGCCGAAACAGUUGUUGAUGGUGCUAUGGUGGCUAAAGAUAAAGCAGAGAAAGAAGCCAAAAAAGCCAAAGAGAAAGGCAAAGGGUUCUUUUCGGGAAUAUUCAAAGGUGUGAAGCAUGCCGCUGAUGAAGCUGUUGAUGACGUUAAGGAGUUCGUCGAUGAAACCAAAAAAGAGGCCGAAGAUGAGGAAGAAAAGGCCAAACGCGCUGCUGCAGAUGCUGCAAAAUCAGUAGAGAAAGCUAAGGACAAAGUUCAUGAUGAUAUUGUUGCUGGAAAAGAAGAAGCUGCUAAAGCAAUGAAAAAGACUACUGAAGUUAUAUCUGGCGCUACAGAAAAAACGACACAAACUGCGAAAGACGUGGCUAAAAAAAUGGGAGACAAUGUCGAGAAAAUUACUGACAGCGUGAAAGAAGUUGAAGAUAAAGCACAUGAUAAACUCGUGGCAGGCAGAGAAGUCUUGUCUGAUGCUGCAAAGACUACUGCAAAUAAAGUUUCUGAAACCACAAGUAAAACUUCGGAGGCAAUUACAGAAACUAAAGACGCCGUCGCAAAAGAAAUAAAAGAAGAUGCAAACCGUGUAAAAGAUAAAGUGAGUAGUACAGCUGAAGUAGUAGUUGAUAGUGCCCUGGUGGCUAAAGAUAAAGUGGAAAAAGAAGCUAAAAAAGCCAAAGACAAGGGUAAAGGGUUUUUUUCUGGAAUAUUCAAAGGUGUGAAGCAUGCCGCUGAUGAAGUUGCUGGAGACGUUAAGGAGUUCGUCGAUGAAACUAUAAAAGAAGCUGAAGAUGAGGAAAAAAAGGCCAAACGCGCUGCUGCAGACGCUGCCAAAUCGAUAGAGAAAGCUAAGGACAAAGUUCACGAUAAUAUCGUUGUUGGAAAAGAAGCAGCUACUGAAGCAAUGCAAAAAACUACUGAAGUAAUGUCAGGCGCUGCAGAAAAAACAUCACAAACUGCAAAAGACGCAGCUAAACAAAUCGGAGACAAUGUCGAGAAAAUAACUGACAGUGCGAGAGAAGUUAAGGAUAAAGCACAUGAUAAACUCGUGGUAGAUAAAGACGUUUUAUCUGAUGCUGCCAAGACUGCGGGAGAAAAAAUUUCUAGCACUGCAAUUGAAACUUCGGAGGCAAUCACAGAAUCUAAAGGCACUGUUGCAAAAGAAAUGAAAGAAGAUGCAAAACGUUUAAAGGAUACAGUAAGCAGUGCAGUUGAAGCAACAGUUGAUAGUGCUGCGGUGACAAAAGAUAAAGUGGAGAAAGAAGCUAAAAAGGUCAAAGAAAGAGGUAAAGGAUUCUUUUCUGGGAUAUUUAAAGGUGUAAAGCAUGUCGCUGAUGAAGUUGUUAAUGAUGUUGAGGAGUUCGUCGACGAAUCCAAAAAAGCGGCCGAAGAUGAAGAAGACAAAGCUAAACGCAAUGCUGCAGAAGCUGUCGAAUCAAUAGGGAAAGCCAAGGACAAAGUCCACGAUGAUAUUGUUGCUGGAAAACAAUCGGCUACUAAAGCAAUAGAGACUACUGAAGUUACAUCUGGCGCUUCAGAAAAAACAUCACAAACGGUGAAAGACCUGGCUAAAAAAGUGGGAGACGAUGUCGAGAAAAUUACUGACAGCGUGAAAGAAGUUAAAGAUAAAGCAGAUGAUAAACUCGUGGCAGGCAAAGAAGUCUUGUCUGAUGCUGCAAAGACUACUGCAAAUAAAGUUUCUGAAACCACAAGUAAAACUUCGGAGGCAAUUACAGAAACUAAAGACGCCGUCGCAAAAGAAAUAAAAAAAGAUGCAAACCGUGUAAAAGAUAAAGUGAGUAGUGCAGCUGAAAUAGUAGUUGAUAGUGCCGCACUGGCUAAAGAUAAAGCGGAGAAAGAAGAUAAAAAAGCCAAAGACAAGGGUAAAGGGUUCUUUUCUGGAAUAUUUAAAGGUGUGAAGCAUGCCGCUGAUGAAGCUGUUGAUGACGUUAAGGAGUUCGUCGAUGAAACCAAAAAAGAGGCCGAAGAUGAGGAAGAAAAGGCCAAACGCGCUGCUGCAGAUGCUGCAAAAUCAGUAGAGAAAGCUAAGGACAAAGUUCAUGAUGAUAUUGUUGCUGGAGAAAAAGAAGCUGCUAAAGCAAUGAAAAAAACUACUAAAGUUAUAUCUGGCGCUACAGAAAAAACGACACAAACUGCGAAAGACGUGGCUCAAAAAAUGGAAGACGAUGUCGAGAAAAUUACUGACAGCUUAAAAGAAGUUAAAGAUAAAGCACAUGAUAAACUCGUGGCAGGCAAAGAAAUCAUGUCUGAUGCUGCAAAGACUACAGGAGAUAAAGUCUCUGAAACUACAAGAAAAGCAUCUGAGGCAAUUUCCGAAAUUAAAGACGCUGUUGCAAAAGAAUUUAAAGAAGACGCGAAAAUUAUGAACGAUCAAGUUAGUGGUGCAGCCGAAUCAGUCGUUGAUGGUGCUAUGGUGGCUAAAGAUAAAGCAGAGAAAGAAGCCAAAAAAGCCAAAGAGAAAGGCAAAGGGUUCUUUUCGGGAAUAUUCAAAGGUGUGAAGCAUGCCGCUGAUGAAGCUGUUGAUGACGUUAAGGAGUUCGUCGAUGAAACCAAAAAAGAGGCCGAAGAUGAGGAAGAAAAGGCCAAACGCGCUGCUGAAAAUGCUGCAAAAUCAAUAGUGAAAGCUAAGGACAAAGUUCAUGAUGAUAUUGUUGCUGGAAAAGAAGAAGCUACUAAAGCAAUGAAAAAAACUACUGAAGUAAUGUCAGGCGCUGCAGAAAUAACAUCACAAACUGCAAAAGACGCAGCUGAACAAAUCGGAGACAAUUUCGAGAAAACAACUGACAGCUUAAAAGAAGUUAAAGAUAAAGCACAUGAUAAACUCGUGGCAGGCAAAGAAAUCUUGUCUGAUGCUGCAAAGACUACGGGAGAUAAAGUCUCUGAAACUACAAGAAAAGCAUCUGAGGCAAUUUCCGAAUCUAAAGACGCUGUUGCAAAAGAAUUUAAAGAAGACGCGAAAAUUAUGAACGAUCAAGUUAGUGGUGCAGCCGAAACAGUCGUUGAUGGUGCUAUGGUGGCUAAAGAUAAAGCAGAGAAAGAAGCCAAAAAAGCCAAAGAGAAAGGCAAAGGGUUCUUUUCGGGAAUAUUCAAAGGUGUGAAGCAUGCCGCUGAUGAUGCUGUUGAUGACGUUAAGGAGUUCGUUGAUGAAACCAAAAAAGAAGCCGAAGAUGAGGAAGAAAAGGCCAAACGCGCUGCUGCAGAUGCUGCAAAAUCAAAAGUAAAAGCUAAGGACAAAGUUCAUGAUGAUAUUGUUGCUGGAAAAGAAGAAGCUGCUAAAGCAAUGAAAAAAACUACUAAAGUUAUAUCUGGCGCUACAGAAAAAACGUCACGAUCUGCAAAGGCUGAGGUAAAAAAAAUGGGAGAUGAUGUUGAAAAAAAUACUGACAGCGUGAAAGAAGUUGAGGAUAAAGCUCAUGAUAAACUUGUGGCAAGCAAAGAAAUCUUGUCUGAUGCUGCAAAGACUACGGGAGACAAAGUCUCUGAAACUACAAGAAAAGCAUCUGAGGCAAUUUCCGAAACUAAAGACGCUGUUGCAAAAGAAUUUAAAGAAGACGCGAAAAUUAUUAACGAUCAAGUUAGUGGUGCAGCCGAAACAGUUGUUGAUGGUGCUAUGGUGGCUAAAGAUAAAGCAGAGAAAGAAGCCAAAAAAGCCAAAGAGAAAGGCAAAGGGUUCUUUUCGGGAAUAUUCAAAGGUGUGAAGCAUGCCGCUGAUGAAGCUGUUGAUGACGUUAAGGAGUUCGUUGAUGAAACCAAAAAAGAAGCCGAAGAUGAGGAAGAAAAGGCCAAACGUGCUACUGCAGAUGCUGCAAAAUCAAUAGUAAAAGCUAAGGACAAAGUUCAUGAUGAUAUUGUUGCUGGAAAAGAAGAAGCUGCUAAAGCAAUGAAAAAAACUACUAAAGUUAUAUCUGGCGCUACAGAAAAAACGUCACGAUCUGCAAAGGCUGAGGUUAAAAAAAUGGGAGAUGAUGUUGAAAAAAAUACUGACAGCGUGAAAGAAGUUGAGGAUAAAGCUCAUGAUAAACUUGUGGCAAGCAAAGAAAUCUUGUCUGAUGUUGCAAAAGCUACGGGAGAUAAAGUCUUUGAAACUAAAAUUAUAGCUUCUGAGGCAAUUGUCGAAACUAAAGAAUCUGUUGCGAAAAAAAUGAAAGAAGACGUGAAAAUCAUUAACGAUAAAGUUAGUGGUGCUGCUGAAGCAGUUGAUGAUAGUGCGGCGGUGGCAAAAGAUAAAGCAGAGAAAGAAGCCAAAAAAGCUAAAGAGAAAGGCAAAGGGUUCUUUUCGGGAUUAUUCAAAGGUGUGAAGCAUGCCGCUGAUGAAGCUGUUGAUGACGUUAAGGAGUUCGUCGAUGAAACCAAAAAAGAGGCCGAAGAUGAGGAAGAAAAGGCCAAACGCACUACUGCAGAUGCUGCAAAAUCAAUAGUAAUAGCUAAGGACAAAGUUCAUGAUGAUAUUGUUGCUGGAAAAGAAGAAGCUACUAAAGCAAUGCAAAAAACUACUGAAGUAAUGUCAGGCGCUGCAGAAAAAGCAUCACAAACUGCGAAAGACGCAGCUAAACAAAUCGGAGACAAUGUCGAGAAAAUAACUGACAGCUUAAAAGAAGUUAAGGAUAAAGCACAUGAUAAACUCGUGGUAGAUAAAGACGUUUUAUCUGAUGCUGCCAAGACUGCGGGAGAAAAAAUUUCUAGCACUGCAAUUAAAACUUCUGAGGCAAUCACAGAAUCUAAAGGAACUGUUGCAAAAGAAAUGAAAGAAGAUGCAAACCGUGUAAAAGAUAGAGCAAGCAGUGCAGUUGAAGCAACAGUUGAUAGUGCUGCGGUGGUAAAAGAUAAAGCGGAGAAAGAAGCUAAAAAGGUCAAAGAAAGAGGUAAAGGAUUCUUUUCUGGGAUAUUUAAAGGUGUAAAGCAUGCCGCUGAUGAAGUCGUUAAUGAUGUUGAGGAGUACGUCGACGAAUCCAAAAAAGCGGCCGAAGAUGAAGAAGACAAGGUUAAACGUGCUGCUGCAGAUGCUGCAAAAUCAGUAGAAAAAGCUAAGGACAAAGUUCAUGGUGAUAUCGUUGCUAGAAUAGAAGCAACUGCUGAAGCAACGAAAAAAAACACUGAAGUAAUGUCUGGUGUUACAGAAAAAACGACAGAAACUGCGAAAGACGUGGCUAAAGAAAUGGAAGAUGAUGUCGAGAAAAUUACGGAUAGCGUGAAAGAAGUUAAUGAUAAAGUAUAUGAUAAACUCGUAGCAGGCAAAGAAGUCGUAUAUGAUGUUGCACAGACUACGGGAGAUAAAGUUUAUGAAACUGCAAGUAAAACCUCGGAGGCAAUUACAAAAACUAAAGAUGCUGUCGCAAAAGAUAUAAUCGACGAUGCAAACCGUGUAAAGGAGACAGCAAGCAGUGCAGUUGAAGCAACAAUUGAUAGUGCUGCGGUGAAAAAAGAUAAAGUGGAGAUAGAAGCUAAAAAAGCCAAAGACAAAGGCAAAGGGUUCUUUUUGGGAAUAUUCAAAGGUGUGAAGCAUGUCGCUGAUGAAGUUGUUGAUGAUGUUGAGGAGUUCGCCGACGAAUCCAAAAAAGCGGCCGAAGAUAAAGAAGAAAAGGCUAAACGUGCUGCUGCAGAUGCUGCAAAAUCAGUAGAGAAAGCUAAGGACAACGUCCAUGAUGAUAUCGUUGUGGGUAUAGAAGUAGCUACUGAAACAAUGAAAAAGACUACUGAAGUUAUAUCUGGCGCUACAGAAAAAACGACACAAACUGCGAAAGACGUGGCUAAAAAAAUGGAAGACGAUGUCGAGAAAAUUACUGACAGCUUAAAAGAAGUUAAAGAUAAAGCACAUGAUAAACUCGUGGCAGGCAGAGAAGUCUUGUCUGAUGCUGCAAAGACUACGGGAGAUGAAGUCUCUGAAACUACAAUAAAAGCAUCUGAGGCAAUUGCCGAAAUUAAAGAAGCUGCUGUGAAAGACAUAAACAAAGAUGCAAACCGUGUAAAAGACAAAGUGAGUAGUGCAGCUGAAGUAGUAGUUGAUAGUGCCCUGGUGGCUAAAGAUAAAGCGGAGAAAGAAGCUAAAAAAGCCAAAGACAAGGGUAAAGGGUUUUUUUCUGGAAUAUUCAAAGGUGUGAAGCAUGCCGCUGAUGAAGUUGCUGGAGACGUUAAGGAGUUCGUCGAUGAAACUAAAAAAGAGGCUGAAGAUGAGGAAGAAAAGGCCAAACGCGCUGCUGCAGACGCUGCCAAAUCGAUAGAGAAAGCUAAGGACAAAGUUCACGAUAAUAUUGUUGCUGGAAAAGAAGAAGCUGCUAAAGCAAUGAAAAAGACUACUGAAGUUAUAUCUGGCGCUACAGAAAAAACGACACAAACUGCGAAAGACGUGGCUAAAAAAAUGGAAGACGAUGUCGAGAAAAUCACCGACAGCUUAAAAGAAGUUAAAGAUAAAGCACAUGAUAAACUCGUGGCAGGCAGAGAAGUCUUGUCUGAUGCUGCAAAGACUACGGGAGAUAAAGUCUCUGAAACUACAAUAAAAGCAUCUGAGGCAAUUGCCGAAAUUAAAGAAGCUGCUGUGAAAGAAAUAAACGAAAAUGCAACCCGUGUACAAGAUAGAGUGAGUAGUGCUGCCGAAGCAGUUGUCGAUAGUGCUGCGGUGGCAAAAGAAAAAGCAGAAAAAGAAGCUAAGGAUAAGACUAGUGGUAUGUUUUUUGGUAUAUUAAAAAGCGGUAAACAUAGUGCAGAUCAAGAACACAGUGAUACCGAAGGCUUAUUGAUUGACGCUCAACGUGAAUCUUCAGAAGAAAAGGCUCGACUUGAAAAAGUUGCUGAAGAUCUUGCACAAAGUGUGAAAGAUGAUAUUCACGGUGCGCAAGUUGAAACAAGUAAAAUAGCAUCAAAAACUCUCGAGACUGUGGGAAAAACUGUGAAAGAUGUGAAGGGUCAAGUAAAAGAUAAAAAAGACAUACCCAUCGAAGAAGCUACAACAGAUACAAAGGCAUUAGAAGAUUCAGCAGAAUCUACACAAAAACAAUUGGAAAAGGAAUCUAAAAAGACUAAAGAUAAAGGUAUAAGUUUCUUCUUUGGUAUUAUCAAAGGAGCUAAACACGCAGUUGAUGAAGUAACUGAAGACGUUAAGGAAUUUUGGGAUGAAACGAAAGAAGAAGCAAAAAUGGAAGAAGACCGAGCCAAGCAUGCUGCUGAAGAGGCGGUGAAACUAGUCAAUGAUGCUCAGGAUACUGCUACCGCUGAUGCUGCAGCAGUCAAAGACAAAGUGUCAGAGACAGUAAAAGGUAUUGCUGGUGACGCUAAAUCUAUGGAAGAUGAAGCAAAAAAGAAAUUGACCGCUGGCAAAGAUGUUGUAGUAGAAGCUGUAAAAGUUACUGCAGAAAAAAUUGUCAAAGAUGCUGAAAAAACAACAAAGGCAACUAAGAGCGCUGCUAUGAAGAUUAAUGAUGAUGUAAAUCAAACAAAAGAUAUCGUUGACAACGAAAUAAAAGAAGAUGCUAAGCUCAUAAAAGGUAAAGUUAUUGAAGCAUCAGAAUCUAUAGCUGAUUCUGCUGAAAAAACGAAAGAUAAAGUAGAACAAGAAGCUAAGAAUAUUAAAGAUAAAAGUAGUGGUAUGUUCUUUGGUAUUUUGAAAAGCUCUAAACAUGCAGCUGAAAAUAUAAAAGUUGAUGCAAAAGAAUUAUCAGUAGAAACAGAACAAAAAGUCAAAAAAGGUAAAGAUUUUGCUGUUCCUUCAGCCGAAGACGUAAUACAGAAAACAAAGAAAGAAGCUGAUAAGUUAAAAGGAUCUAUGACGCAGGACGGAGAAAAGGAUGUAGAUGAUAUUGAAAAAGAAACAAAAAAAGCUAAAGACAAAAGUGGUGGCUUUUUUUCUGGCAUAAUCAAGGGUGCAAAACACGCAGUUGAAGAAGUAACAGAUGAAGUAAAGGAAUUUUGGGAUGAAACCAAAGAAGAAGCUAAAGAAGAGGAAGAAAGUGCUCGACGGGAAGCUGAGGAAUCAGCAAAAACUGAAAAAGUAGUACGUAAUAAAGCUGUAGCAGAUCCUUUCGAUGAUGAGGAACAUUUGCGACAGCAAAUGUAUUUAGAUCUUGAGCGAACUGUUCACGACGACGUAGGUACUUCACUUUACCAUCCAAAAUCUCCAAUAAAAUCAUCAUUGCCUGUAGAUCGAAAUCUCACUAUUUCUGAUAGAGACACUGCAUCGGAGUUGGAUUCCGCUCGUAGUACUUUAGAGCAUGGAACUCCUCUAGAAAAAUCUAAAAGCAAAGGUAAACCAAAGGGUGUUAUUUCAAGUAUUGUAAAAGGUGCAAAGAGUGCAUCACACAAAAUAGUUAAAGAAGUUGAUCACGUUGCUGAUAACAUUAAAGAUGCAACGGGAAAAUUCUGGGAGGACACAAAAAUUGAUUCAAAAGACUCGCAUUUAUCUGGCAGUUAUGACGUAUCUUCCCCGCUCCGCGAGACCGAUUCUAAAUCUGUUGAAGCGACCGAUUCAGAAGCUAAGUUAGAGACAUUUAGUUCAUUAGAAAAAUCUAUAGAUAAAACAAAAAUUCCACAGGAUCAUUCAGACAUGAGAGUUAAGUCUGUCUCGCGCAUUCCACAAAAAAUUAAUAGUACAACGAAAGAAGUGGUUAAAGAAGUUAGGGUAGUUAGAAUUCAGGAAAAAACAUCAUCAACGGAAAGACUUGAUGAAUAUGAUGGAGAUUUAAAUAAAUUAGGGCACCUCGAGCCUCGCGCAGUACAAUCCGUCACCACAGUCGUAACAAAGUCUGUGCGGACGGCAGCGGCGACCCCGCCACCCAGCCCCGACGAGCUCGGUGACAGUAGCAUUAAAGAUGUAACUGAGGAAGCUGCCAAACGUGCCCAACUUCUUACAGAUCAGGCCUUCACAGCGGGAAAGCCAGGGCAUGAUUCGGCUGAGAUUGAUGGGACUGUAGAGAGGCAUGUUACUACUUCUGCUCCGACAAAGCAACCUGUUCCCGCCCCACGUCACUCUGCCAAGUCAUCUAUUAACAAAACUGAGAUGACUCUUGAACUCAACGAACAUCAUCAUAAUUCAAGAAGCCCGAAAUCCAAGAUACCAGAGCCAAGUAAAAUACCAGCAAAUAAUUUUUUAAUUAACAAAGAACUACCUGUUGAUCAAUUUCGAGUGCCUACUCUUGAUUCAAUAGAAUCAAAUCAAACAAAUAUGAUUCUUGUUCCUAUGGAAAAGCUAAAACCAUUGGAGAUAAUUAAUGAUAAAAUUAUAACAGAAACUAGUGUGGCAACUAUACAAGACUCUAGUGUAGAAAAUCCGUCCAUAGUCUCUUAUACAUUACCUGAAGAGACAGUUUAUACUAAAACAAUAACAACAGUUGUUAGUUCUGGAGUAGAUAAAAAUGGCAUGAAGAAGCUAUUAAGUACCAAUGAAUUAUCUCAGCUGGAGAACAUUCCAAUGGAUUUUGAUAAAUUUCCAGACCUCGUUGAAGCCAGCAGCUAUACCGUAAAAACUUCAAAGACUGUCGUAAAUGAAAGAAUACCGUCGUCCAGGUCUAAAGAAGAUCGGAUGAGCGAGGAAAGUGCAUCUGGUAGUAUUGUCAAAGAAGUAAGAUCAAUCAGCACCAAGAGUUCCUGGGAAUCAUCAACGAGAUCUCGUGAUGAUCAUGAUAAUUGGGAAACUCAAUACUCAUUGGACACUUCACCAGGUUCAUGUGAUGCUGGAUUUACUAAAAAUAGUGAUUCUCGGCAUGACUUACCAAGUGACAGCGAUAGCGAGGGCUCACCACGACCAAGAAGACGUUCAUUGAGCAAGAGGCGAACACUUGGCAGCUCCAGUGGCUCUGAUGUUGCAUUGCAUGAAGGUGCAGAGCUCUCCCCUAUGGAAGAUGACCAAGAAUCUGACUUUUUGCAACACAGUGAACCGUCAUAUACGGAAACGACUACAACAGAGAUCGACCCAGUGACCAACGAAAGAAUAACGAGAACGACACGAAUAAUGACCUCAUCAUUAUCAUCAACGGUGCCUGUAACUGAAGAAAUAGCUGGAAACAAUGAACUUCGAGAAUCGAUGCAAAAAGUCGUCGAUCAGUUUAUGACAGAAGAAAGAAGAGCACAGUGAAAUUUUUUGUCUUCAUUAGACUAAUUAAAAAUCAUAAAUUAGAAUUUAAAAAUUUAAAAAUAAGAAAAAAAACUAAUCUAUAAAAUAAAAAAAAAGUAUGAAUUGAUUCCUCGCUACGAAUUCAUAUUUUAUUUUUUAUCGCAUGUUACUCUAUAUCAAAAUUAUGAAAAAAAAUCUAUGUAUCAGCUUAGGCCCAUGCUUUUUUUAAAUUUUAAAUCAAUUAUUUUAUUUUUAAAUUAUUACUUAUUUUAUUUCGCUUCAUUUUAAAUAGUUAAUAUAAUAGCUACAGCUAUUGUAUUAACUAGCUGUAUUAAUACCUAGUCGUCACUAUGCAAGCCCGUCCACAUGAAAAAUCAAUUAAAUGCUUGUUCUCUGACAUUUUUAAAAAUCAUGUUUACUGUCAGAUACUGACUAAAUAUUAUUUAAAAUAUUCAUAAUUAACAAAAAAAAAAGCAGAGUAAUUAUUUUAAAGACCAUUUAAAAGAGUUGUAGCUCUUCCAACAGCUAUUUAUGAUCAUGCGAUGCAAAAUAAAUAUACAUAAAUUAAUAUAACAAUAAAUAAAUGAGCGAUUGUUAAGUGAAGUGGACUAGUAAUUAUAUAAUAUUAAUAUUGCAUAAUAAUAAUAUUCACUUCCUUCCAAUCGUUUAGAUAUUCGAAAUUAAAAAUUACAUUAUCUAUAUACCUUAAUGAGUAUAUACAUUGCUUGCUAAUGAAAAUGUUAAUGUUUUUUCUUACUGUUAAUAAAUGAAUAAAUAAAUGGUUCUCAA